CAUAACGGCGCAUGCGCCGUCAUGGCCCCCUCCCGGAAGGAGAUUUUGAACUGCUGCUGCUCGAGCAAUGUAAGCGAAUCCUUGUCUGGUCAACUGUUGGAGAGAAGUUGCUGAAUUCAGGAUGAAUGACAUGAACCUGAGUCCAGUGGGCAUGGACCAGCUCAGUGUGCCUUCAGUCAGUGCAAGCCACUUGGGUUUGGCCACCUCACCCCCACACAACGCCAUUCCAACACCAGGCAUGCCGGUGGCCAUCCCCAGCUUGGGUCCUUCCCUAGGCUCACUUCCUUCUGCAUUGUCCCUGAUGUUGCCCAUGGGCCCGCUGGGCGAUAGAGGAGUGAUGUGUGGCCUACCGGAUAGGAACUAUUCCCUGCCUCCGCCUCCGUACCCCCACUUGGAGAGCAGCUACUUCCGACAUAUAUUACCAGGUAUUUUGUCGUAUUUGGCAGACCGUCCACCACCACAGUACAUCCAUCCCAGCAGCCUCAACAUGGAUGGAACCCUGUCCGUGGCCAGCAGCAACCCCUCAGGUCUCGACCCUUACAGUACAGCAGGCGGCCCACUUGAGCAAGGCCUGGUUCCCAUGGACUCGAGACAGGUCAGCGGCCAGGGGGACCUCCACCAGCCUGGGGCUCACGAACUUGACUCUACAGGGUUAGCGAUGGAGUCGCGUGUCAGCAGCCCCAUGUCUCCAGACAGGAUGGGAGAGGAGCUGGCCACCAUGGAUGGGGUCGGAGUGUCGGACACCCAGCAGCAACUUGGAGGUGGGAGGCAGUCACAUGAGGGCCUCACUGCGGUGGACUCCUCUGGAGGGGUGAUACCUCUCCAUGGACCCCCUGUGCUUGAGCUCCCUGUGGUGAUGGAGUCUGACCACAUGGGGGGCCGCGUGGGGAAUGCAGGCGGAGGAGGCGCAGGAGGACUUGGGGAACAGCUACACCCAAACGGGGAGCUCAACUCUGGUGUUGUGAGUGUGGUGCUCACUAGCUCCAUGGGCAACCAGGGUCAGCUCGGCCCCGUGUCGCUGCAUGGUCAUUCUGGGAUGGGACUAGAUGUUGUAAACGUUUCCCCCAUCACCACUGAGGUAUCACUGGGUCCAGAAAACAACCUGGUGCUCGUCAACUCCAGCUUGCAACUUGAAGAUUCAACCCCAAACAAGGAGGGCAUGGUCGCUGCUUACAUUUGGUGCACGCUCUGUGAGCGCUCGUAUACCUCGGACUGUCCGGAGCAUGGCCCGGUCACCUUCAUCCCAGACACACCCAUUCAAAGCCGGGCUCGCCUCUCGAUUCCACGGCCACUGUGCCUGCGCAUCUCUGUGGCCGAUGAGCCACUCGGUGUGUUUGCACGUGACAUCAUUCCGCCGAGGACUUGCUUCGGACCGAUGGUUGGCCAGCACUGUAGCAGUGUGGACCUCUCCGAUUGGCCGGAAAAGGACACGCCUCAGAUAUGGAAGAUGUACCACAACAAUGUGCUGGAGUUCUACAUCGUGACAGCAGAUGAGAAUGAAUGCAACUGGAUGAUGUUUGUCCACAAGGCAAGGAGCCGUGAAGAGCAGAACCUGGUCGCAUACUCGGCCAAUGGCAAACUCUUCUUCUGCACAACCGUGGAGAUCCACCCAGAGCAGGAGUUGCGUUUCUACUACAGCCGAGACUACUGCAGACUGAUGGGUGUUCCUCCUUUGCCUGAAACCCAGCUCUGCCAAUGUGGCAAAGACUGUUCCUCCUUUUCUGACCUCAAGCCUCAUAUGAGUGGCCAUAACCAGCCUCCGCACAGCCACAGCCCGCCACAGCAAGACCUGCAGGAGCAGCCAUCACAGCAGCAGCAGCAUGAGAAGCUAACCACCGGGACCUCAAGCUCUUCCUCCUCCUCUCCGUGGCCCUGCCCCGGCCAAACCGCAACACAAACUAACAGUGACAACUGCAGCGGAUGUGACAAUAAUCAGAAUAGUGCUACUACUGCUGCUACUACCACUACUACUCCUACCACCACCACAACCCCCAGAACGAACUCAAAAAGUCAGGUGCGGGAGAAGAAGUUCAAGUGCAGCAUGUGUUCGCGUGCUUUCAUUACGUCCACCAAGCUCAACGUGCAUUUCAUGGGCCACGUGGGCAUGAAGCCCCAUAAGUGUGAAUACUGCAGCAAGGCUUUUAGCGACCCCAGCAACCUUAGGAUGCACCUCAAAAUUCACACAGGUCAGAAGAACUACAGAUGCACAGUUUGCGAGAAGUCGUUCACACAGAAAUCCCACGUGGCGUCACACAUGCUCAUACACACCGGUGCCGAGAAGCUCAAGUGCGAUCUGUGCGAGCGGACCUUCAUCAGAAAACACGACCUCAACCAGCACAUGUUCUCUCACACACACGAGCGUCGUAUUCAGUGCCCCAAGUGCAACAAGCAUUUCCUGAAGACCAACCACCUGAAAAAGCACAUGAACUCCCACGAGGGCCGCAGGGACUUCGUCUGCGAGAAGUGCAACAAGGCCUUUCUCACCAAAUACCACCUCACACGACACCUCAAGAUAUGCAAAGGACCCAAGACGGAGCGCUCGUCCCGUAAGGAGCAACACGUGGAGGAGGAGGAUGAGGAGGAGGAAGCGGGAGAAACAGAUGACGGUGGUGACAGUAGAGGAAGCACAGAGAGACUCAUGGACUCCAGCAGGAACCAAGACUGUUGUUUGGAUGUUGGAGGAUAUAACUCUGAGAAAUCACUGUCACCCCCCCAUUGAUGUCUAUUUAUUCACUUACCAUAGCUAACACUAUUGUUUACCUCUGCUUCUUGCCAAACAUUUGAUUUCUUAACCACUGUGUUUGAUUUUACAUUCACAUGUCAUCUCACAGAGCUGCUAAAAUAUUCUUUAUUAUGAGUCAGACUGUAUAUCUUCAAGAUUUCUUGUAUUUUUUUUUUCAUUUAACUCUUUUAAUUUGGUUCAUGGGGGUGCAUAUAUAAUUAUUUGUACUCUUUAUGUUGCCUUUGACUCACUGUUUCAUAGUCACUUUUUUAUUAUUAAAUUGUAGCUGCAUAUUGCAUUUAAUAAUCAUGUGCUGUUUAGUAUUAUUGUUCUUGUUUAUUAUAAGGUGAUUUUGGGUCAUUAUGCGAUCAUUAAAAUACGUCACAGUACC